GCGGCCCAAUUUAAUUUUGUUAAAACUUUUUUCUGGAAUACAGGAUGUUUUCUUUCAAAUUACACGAAGAUAUCUUUGCAAAGUUAUUCUUUCCCAUUCGUUCCAAGUAAAAAAGAUCGCUUGCAUUAAAUUUGACUGACACAGACAACAAUUAUGCGAAGGGGAACAACUCGAUACAAUCGUAAUAACUCGGCCUCCUCCGACAAAGCUUCGAGAUAGACCUCGUUAUACAAUCAUAACAACUCGGCCAUGGCGAUUUAAAACUGUGCCCUGAAGCCUUGCAGACUCCUAAAACUCGGAACGCUAAACUUGCAUCAUGACAUGACACUGUAAAGGAAACAAGAAAUCCACGUAGACAGGAAGGAUGUAUUCAGACUGGGCAUCCCUGCAGGAUGAGAUUCAGUUUGACAAGGCCAACCUCAGUGUUCUUCACAAAUUUUCAGAUUCGGUUGGCAAGGAGGUGGCAUGCAGCGUGGUAAGGCACAUAUCUUCCAACCUGAGUUUGGCAAACUCAACUCCUAACCCUAGUAACCUAGACACCCAUGCUGAGGUGAAAUGGACCAUGGAGGUUCUUUGUUAUGGACUGAGCCUACCUUUGGACCAGCUAGACACAAUCAAGGACUGUGUUAAUGUCUACUGCGAGUGGCUAUCAGCCCUGACAAGCCCCAAACUGCCUGUGCCCUGCCCAAUCACAGACGAACCCAACCCAUACGCCCAGGACAUGCUGCAUCAUCUACUGAACCUGUUUAUGCCUCGCCAUGGGGCAGGUGCGGAUCUGGUGAAGCGUCAAGCAUUGCUUUGCCACAGAGUUCUGCGUACCAUCGAGUCCGUUGCCAAGGAGUCAGCCAUGUUGACUCGGGAGACGUGGGAGACCCUUUUGAAGUUCCUUCUGGCCGCAAAUAACAGCUUGCUCUCUCCACCAACUGAGAAAGAAGAUACAGGAUUAAGCUCGUAUGACAUUGGUGACCACCUUUGUGAGCGAGUCCUUAGUGUGUUGUUUGAGCUGUGGCUACUGGCUUGUCAGAAGUGUUUCCCCUCCCCCUCCCUGUGGAAGACGUUCCGUAAGAUGUGCAUCUACUGGCGCCACCACGAGGCUCUCAUCUCGCAGUGGCAUAGAGUGAACCAUGCACUGACAGCGAGGCUACUCAAGUUCAUGUUUGGUCCAGACUAUCCUGAGCUUGUUAUUUCUGAGGAUGAAGGAGGCCUUCUAGUUCCCAGCGAUAUGACUAAUGACUGUAUCUCCCAAAGCUGGUUCCGUUUUCUGCACGUCAUACAGAACCCUGUAGACCUCGCAAAGCCUGAGCUAAUCAGCCAGACGCCCAUGUUCCUGCGUCUCGCCCUGGAGAGUGAGGACGUUAUUGACCCGCGGCAACACGAGUGUCUGGCCAAGCUGCCACAGAUCUUCUACAAAGCAAUGAGGGGCGUGUCCAUCAUGGUCAAUGCAUUCUUAGGCAUAGCCCAAGACGUAAAAGAGGAGAAUAUGUUAACAAGCCUGUCCCUGCAGACCCCAUCUGGCCGGCAGUCCAUUAUGGGGCCCCCAACUCCCCCAGGACAAAGGAAGGCUGGACGCCCGCUUGCAGCUAUAACAGCCCCCCUUACACAGAGGGGGAGCAAAGCCUCAUCUGUGGCUUCCAGCAAAUCUACGACCCCGGCCCCACAGUGUCUCCCCGGCCUCCUGUCUUUGGACAGUCGCCUGCCCCUGGCCCCUAACCGGCCCAAAUGUAACAGCAUUCUUCACCUGUUUGGCCCCUGGCUGUUUGAUGCUUCGCUGGCUAAUGUGAAGAUACUGCCAGGGCAUAAAAAUGCAGGUCAGACACACAGACGUACAAACUCCCUCAUAGACCACUCCCGACCGACAUCCCUCGCCAUUGACAUGUCACCUGAGAAAACGGCACACUGUGACAACUCCUAUGAGCAGGGACGGGCGGAGGCGUGUGGGACCCUGUGUCGUCUUUUCUGCGCUCACAAAACUGGGGAGGAGAUUCUACCUGCCUAUUACUCGAGGUUUUACUUUGCCCUGUGUUAUGGCCUUCAGACUAAAGAGAAUAUGAGUGGUCCAGUUCUCUCCAAUAUCCUGUUUAACUCUUGUGACCUGCUGCGUGUUGACCUGGCUGGCGUUCAAAUUCUCGUGCCACACGUUCUCAACGCCCUCGAACUUGUGCUGCAAGAUCUCACACCAAAGUUCAGGCUUUGUGAACAGAUUCCCAGUGUUGAGCUAAGGAAGGCCUGUGUCCACCUUCUACUGUCGAUGUUGUGUCUCCCAUUACACUUCAAGGACCUCGAGAUUAAAGACAUUUUGGCGGGUGAGGCAAUUGCUGAGCACAGUGUCUCGUUUAUCUCACUGAAGCCUCGCAUCACCGAACUGCUGCUGAACGCAUUGCAGAUUGAAACCGACUCUACCAACACCCAAAUGUUGCUGGGUGGCUUGAUGCUGCUGGUCCAGGAUAUGGCCCUGUGUGAGGAGGCAGAGCAGACAACAGUUCAGCCCCCACAGGACGAUACAGAUCAUACCGUCCAUGCAGACGUGAGUGAAGAAAGCAUAGCCAGUAAUAUAUCCACAGACUCCAGCUACACUGAGUCCUCCUACCAUAGACUACACACCACCUCUCAUGAUAAUGACUCAGCCUAUGGACUGUUUGGACACGCAACAUCAUUAGUCUGCACUCGUCUGAUGGCUUCAUGGAGGGCUGAACUCAGCACCGCCAUCGCUGCAAUGGAACUACUCUCUGGGCUCGCGAAAGUAAAAAUAUCGCCGCCAAACCUUCUCAUGUGCAAACGCACGGUGAAAUGGAUCUGCGACUUCAUAGUAAACCAGUGUUCGCGACCUACUCUGUACCACUCACGAGAUCUUCACUCGAUGAUCGUUGCGGCGUUUAAGUGUCUGACACUUUGGCUGGUGGAACAUAGUCGUCUGCUGUAUGAUAAGGAGUGUCUACAUAAUGUACUGGAAGUCGUGGAACUGGGUAUCUCCGGCUCCAAAUCCCAGAAAAAGAGUUCUGACACUGAACUUGUGUCUCUCCGGCUAGAAAAAGAUGCUAAGUCUGUUUACAUGCAGAACAAGGCCAGCGACCCACCGAAAUUCAAGGGUGAUAAGGUCUUCCAGCCAGCUUCCAUGAGGGUCAAGGACGCUGCAGAGGCUGUACUGACAUGCAUUGUUGACCAAGUGGGAGCAUUCCCGCCUCCAUGUGGCCCAGAGUCAUUAUUCUCUCUGUUAGAUGAGAAGUCCUUACUGAAAUAUGCCAAGGGCACGGGGCUACCCGAGCAGGGUUCACCUUUCAGGUAUUUUGUGCUGGACAACUCCAUCAUCGUGGGAUUGCUGGAACAGCCACUCGGCAACUAUGAGGAUCCCCUACCCACUGUGACGGCCCUUAUUCGAGGUCCAUUUGGCCGCCAUGCCUGGACCAUGCAGUUGCGUCACUCACCCAGACUGCCUAACAAGUUAUCAUCAUCUAAAAGCCUGCUGGCAGACCCAGGACGGCCAGUGCCAAUGGACAAUCUAGGAGUGAAACAUGGUGUUAAACACAAGCACUUCCCUGACAGUGUAGACAAGGUCCCACACACCCUAGCGGACAAAAGUAUACCAAGUCUGGACACAUUGGUCACAGACGUGAAAACCCAGUCAGAGCUGGACAAGCUAAAACGCCAGAUUGAGCACCAGACACAGUUUGAGACGAACAUAAGUCGUCGUAGUCAGUUGGAGGCAUCACGUAGGCCAUUCCCAAACCCGGCUACAGAGUGUAAAGCCCCGAAACUGUGCCAGGAGUUUCAGACGGCUCGACUGUUCCUGUCACAUUAUGGAUUCUUGUCUCUAGAGGCCCUAAGGGAGCCCAGUAACAGCAGUGUUCCCCCAGCGCUGUUGAUGCUUGACACAAGCAACACAGGGCUAUUUGCAGAGGUAGAACAGCUGGACAUGGUCCCUUGUAGGGACAGCGAUACUGUGCACGUGUUCUACGUGAAGGCUGGACAGAAAAUGCCGCAGGACAUUGUGGCUAAUGUGUCCUCUCGUAAGAGUGUACAGCCCCAGUUCCUACAGUUUCUACACUCCCUUGGCUGGCCUGUAGACAUUGGAAAACAUGCAGGCUGGACCGGUCAUGUGGCUUCCAGCUGGAAAAUCAUGGACCAGGAUGAUGUCUCAGAUGAAGAUUAUCCUAGGGGGACAGGGGGCAGUGUAUAUGAUGGUAGACAGCAAGUGCUCUAUUGGGCUGACGUUAUGUCUGAGGUUGCUUUUGUCGUCCCUUCUACUGAAACUUACAACAGAUAUUUGGCCGAUCCACAGGGAGACAAGUCUCCGCAGUUCAAUAAGCGUGGCGCCUCAGGCUCUGUUACUCUGACCAAGCCCCGAUCAUUGACCCUGGAAUCACUGGACAAACUGCGCCCAGAUCGGGAAUCAACGGGUGAGGGACCCUUGAUGCGAUCCCGUAGAGGACGGCAGCCCCUAAUGGUCGGACCUGACACAAAAGUGUUUGUUGUCUGGCUGGAGAGCUUUGAAGAUCAUGAGAACUUUCCGAUUGGUGAUUUGCUGGGUGCCACAUGUACCGGCCUGGACCACUACACAACGUCUAGCUCUGUGGCGUUACCACGGCAACCGGAGAAGGAUGUGUUCAUAAUCUUUAUCCACGCUCUGCAGAAUGGGCUAUUCAGAAUACAUCUACAUGGGCAGACGGGAAAGCUUACCAUGGCAAUUCCCCUGGUAAACGGAAUGGUGGUGAGCAGGCGUUGUCUUGGUAACCUGGUGCGACAGACGGCAAUCAACAUUUGCAAGAGAAAAAGGCUAGAGAGUGAACUUUACCAGCCUCCUCAUGUUAGAAGGAAGGUGAAGAUACAAGAGAUCGUGAAGAACUAUCACAUGAAAAUGGAUGCGCCAGAUUUCUACACAGCCCUCUUUCAUGAUGUCGCUAAGGAGUAAAUCCCACUCACUCACUUCCAGUCAAAAGUCUUGUUCAGAUAAUCAAAAGGGAAAGGCUUUGGGCAAAAAUAAUGAUAGGCACACCAGCCCUGUACGGGUAAAAUUAUUGCCUGGAUUAUUCAAAAGAGGAAUGUGACCAUUUCCAUGCAGAGUUGUGAUAUAAUAUCUGGAAAUCAGAAGUUUUUGUUAGGAAAAGAGAAACUGUUUGUUCAAAGUAGAAGUAAAAUUAUGAUGGUGCUAAUAUUAAGUGUAAACACAAAACGUAUUAUGAGAAGUGUUAGCUUACGGUUCUUAUUGUAAUGCUUAAACGUGACUGUACAGUUUCAGUGUUGUACAUCUAUAAUUGACCAAGUUUAUACAGAACUGGAUACAUCAAUAUAUGGAUAUUUAGCUUACAUAACAGUGGUCAAUUGCACCCCAACCCCCAGCCAUUAACAUUAUAAAAGUGCAAUAUUUUUCCUUGUAGAUAUGUUCUAUUGUGUAAAUUACAGUACUAGUGUAAAAACUGCAAUUUGCAAACCAUAUAUUUAUUAUUACUCAUCAUUUUGUAAAUACCCAAAUAAGAUGACAAAUUUCAACAACCAUAAUGUGUUUGAAUUUAUUUAGUUUUUAUUGGGUGAAAGCAACUAAGUAUCCUUGUUGUAAAAAUGCUUAGUUUUUUAGCUUGCAAGUGUGUUGAGGGUGGUUGAUAGAUAUUGGACUGUUGUUCAGAACUUUGGUAAAAUUAACAACGUUGUUAGGUGGAUCAUUGUUAACUUUAAUUUUUUUUAUGCUCUUAAAGUUGCAUAGACACACAUGUGAUCUGCAGUACUGUACACAAAUAUUGAGACAACUGAUUCAGUUAUGCUUACAUCGGCACACCAUAAAAUAUUUCACCUAUAAAAGUUAACAAUGAUGCUAUUAACAAUGUUGUUAACUUUAACAAAGUUCUGAACAAUCAGCCCAUUGUUAGUAUUAGAAGUAGGUUGUUUCAAAGUGAACAUGCCUUUGUAGAAGUUUUAUUUUUAAACAUGUUAUUAAGUUAUUUAGAAACCAGAGUGUGAUUUUAAAAAAUGAAGAAAAUAUGUCAUUGAACGUACAUGUAUCUGGAAGUUUUUGUUAGAAAUGUAUCUUAGUUUGCUUUAUAUAUUAUACUAUUAUCUGAUAUUGUUUCUUGUUAAUAAGAUAUAAAUGUUGAUAAUAA